CAACUCAGCGGCUCGCCGACAAAACGCAUUCGUCCACCUUCCCGAUUAUAGACGCUUUCCGCUGCGGGAAGAAUGGCAGAUGUCGAUAUAGAGGCCGUCAACGCCUACCGGAGUUUAGUUUCCGACCUUCUGGAGCGAGCAACCCAGGCAAAACCGGACAAACACAUCGAACCGCCCUUGACGGAGGCGCAACUGGGCGAAUCAAUAUGGGUUGUCAAAGGCGCAGAUGCGAAUGUUGUCGAGCAACUGGCCCAUCCAACCCGGCAUGCUGCUGCUGAGAUCGCGUUCAGGGAGAAAUUCUACAGUCUUCUUGCCACGACGUCGAUAGAUGAAACCGCUUUCAUACAUGUAUGGAAUCUGCUCGAUAUAGUCUCUAUUUUCUCUGAUAACGAGCAAUGUGAGCCUGGCUUGAUAUUCUGGCUAAUCGAGGAGCUCCUCGACAGCCAGACCAUCGACGGUUGUCGUAAAGUUUUCGACUAUUUGGAGUCAAGAAGGGAAAUCAAUACGAAGAAACAUUUCAAACAGAAGAGCUUGAUCAUUCUCCGGUCUUGCAACGAACUCCUUCGACGACUAUCACGGGCGGAAGAUACUGUUUUCUGUGGCCGCGUAUUCAUAUUUCUAUUCCAAAGCUUUCCUCUAGGAGAUAAAAGUUCUGUCAACCUUCGAGGCGAAUAUCAUACAGAAAAUGUUACUACCUACGAUGACAUCUCCCGCAAACCAGAGGAAGAACAUGCUGAGACUGAUGUGGCUAUGACCGAUGCGAGUGAGGCUUCUACGGCAGCUGAGGUUCAGUCUGGGGCAGAUUCGGGGGAAACUCCGAAGCUCCCCAAACUCACAGUUUCUGGACAAACUGACAGGAAUUCGAAAACAAACGUCGAUCUAGAUGUGCUUUACCCGCUCUUUUGGAGUCUACAGGCAUAUUUUUCUGCCCCGACAAAAGUGUUUGAUCCGCAGCACUUUACAUCGUUUAAGACUGGUUUGGAAGCAACCCUUUCUACCUUCAAGAGCAUUAACACGGAUCUCGAAAAUCAAAAUACUUCAAAGGCAUCAGAGGACAUUAGGAAAUCAACUAAACGGAAGCGGACUGCUGACGGCCAGGAAUUCGCGAGUAGCUUCAACCCGAAAUACCUCACAAGCCGGGAUCUGUUUGAUCUCGAGGUUAGCGAUACUGCUUUCAGGAGACAUGUCCUAGUCCAAGCUCUCAUUCUUCUGGAUUUCAUGCUUUCCCUUACGCCGAAGGCAAAAGCCAGACUAUCCAAUUUGACCAACAAGUCCGUGCUUUAUGGUUUUGUACUGAACGAUGAAGAUGCAAAAUGGGCUACCGAUAUGAGGAAGCGAAUCGAAGAGUAUCUCCAGCAAGGGAUUGGCGGUAAAUUCUAUUACAGAAUGGUAGACACUGUUCUCUCCAGGGAUAAAAACUGGGUUCGCUGGAAGGCCGAAGGAUGUCCGCCCAUAGAACGACCUGCCGUUUCAGUGACGGAAUAUCUCGGUGCUCGGGAGCGUGCUACCAAGAUCUAUGCGAAUAAGCGUCUUCGUUCUUCCCCUGCUGGCGCACUUGAUCUGAAAUUUCUUUUGGAUGAUGACAGUCUUAAACAGCUCAAGGAGCCAGUAAGGUCUUCUAUACCCGAUUCAGAAUCUCUCGUCAAGAGCAUUGCGAACGAUGACCUGGAUCUCGAAAUGGCUCAGACGAAGGAAGAAACGGACAAUAUAUCGAGAGCAAAAACGAGCAAGACAUGGUGCGUGUUACGGCUGUCCUUGAAAAGCAAGCUCUCCGCAUUCGAGAAAAUAGACGAUGGAAAGAACAUCAGGCUGUUGGUUGAAACCCCACAAGCCACCGAGGGAGUUCCGAGGCCACCAACAGAGGGAGAAAACGCAGCCGGCCAACCCGAUCACGGGUCAGCCAACGUUGAAAAACAAAGCACGGCAGUUGAGGGACAGACGCCAGAAAUGUCGAAGAUCCCCGAUGACACAGAGACGAAACAGACCGAGGCGGCCUAAGUAAGAUGCCUUGUUUGGAACUAAAGUAUUGAUAAACCACGGUACUGGUACCCUUGGUCGCUGCUUCUCCCCAUCCUGUCUACCUUUCAAUUAACACCAGGACGGGUGACGUUUCAAGAAGGCUAGAUCAUGACAUUGUCUCUACGGUAUGUCGGAGAGGGACGGGGCAGCUCUCUUCGCACGGCUGUUUAAGGGGGGGUUAGAAGCUAUGUGCUCAAUGACUCCGUACCUAAUACGACCAGGUUGAAAAGGGGCCGGAGGGGGCUUUCCUGCGAACGGCGAUCGCAUUAGACCGAGCCUUGCAGGAACACGCGGAAGUCCUUAGGGAGUGAUCGCCUUGCGAACCACUGGAUCGGUCUUUAAUUUUCGUAGGGCAUGGGGGAUCUGCUUAAUGCCCGCGAGCACUUAAGGGUCCAAAUCAAUGACGAGAGCAUGUAGCUGUUUCAGAGUAUGCCAUUCUAAUUAACGCGGAGGAUGUUGAGGGUAGAUGACCCCUGUGAUUCCCGAUGAUCGUCAACUCUAUUAUUAUUAUUAUUAUUAUUGCCCCCUUGGCAGUUGUUCAUCAUAGACGUAUCCGUAUCGCGAGUGCCG